AUGAACGCCACAGAGAUGUCGCUCGGGGUCGAUGGGGAUGUCACUACGACGAUGCCGGAACUCGCAACUUACAUCCCACCCGAAGCCGUUUACAACGAGACUGAGUUUAUGGUUCGUGUGGAGCCGCAGGGUGUGCAGUACAUUUUGUGCAUGGGAUCAGUCAUCAGUCCGAGGCAUGUUCUGACAGUGGCCAAUUGCGUGGACGAAAGAGCCGCCCGAGUGCUCAAGUCCUUCUACAGCACCGAGUACUUGACUCUGGCUUUCGAUUCCGGGCCCAGUGUGGACGUGUCCAUCAAAAGCGCCAAGAUGCCCCGGAACUACUUGAUCCGGAACAUCCGGGGGGUUCCGCAACGGGUCACUGUGGCUCUGCUCCCUUUGCCUCUGCUUGACCCAGCAGUCAAACCCGUGCCCAUGGACCUGAAAGGCGACUUUUCCUUCCCUAAUAACGUGGUGCGGAUUGCGGGUUGGAGUUAUGCCACGAACGUACCGAGAAGGGUUCCAGUGAGAAGCUCU